GUCCGCCAGAGCCUCAGGCUUCAGUCCAGUCCCUGAAUGGCUGGCCUCCAGUUGGCACCCCCUCUGCCUGUGGGCGUUAUGCUUCCAUAUAAUGAAAGGGAAGCUCCAGGGCUCCUCUCAGCUAAGCAGGAGCCCUAUGAAAAAGGUGACUCUUCUCAGCGGCCCUCCAUGGGGCACCUGAGGAACAAUUUCCAGCAGAAGCUUUUGAGCAACAAAGAGCUGACGCUGGAUAAUCUCUACACUCACUCCAAAUGGAACGCCUGCACAAAAGCCGGGAGCUGCUCCUAUCCCCACUGUGUUGGAAUCAGCCGGCAAGAUUCAAGAAGCGAUUCCCAAGGCCAAGCAAAGGGUUCGUUUUACUCAGCAAAUUCUCAGUCCUGGCAUCCCAAAGCAAAUAAUCAGGAAUUCAUCCCCUUUACGAAGAAGCGAGUUGGGGUAGACCGGGCAUACCCGCUGAAACCCGUGUUCCAUAGGAAGUCUCACAGUACAAGUGAAGCUGGCAUUGAUGGGGACCAGGAUGUCUCUCCGAGACCCCCUGAACCAAGAGAGUUUCCAUACAGCAGCUUUGGUUCAAGGAACUGGGUGAAUGCAUCUGUGCUCCAUGCCGUUGCUGCCACACAGGAGGAGAGAGCCAUGGCAAACCCCAACAGGACCGAAUGGAUGCAGAUCCAAAGACUAGAAGCUGCAGGGGAGAGCUUACAAGAGAAAAUCCGGAGAAAAGAAACCCUCCUAAGGGAAAAGCUGAAGAAGACAGAGGAGGAACUCCGAAGGAUCCAGAAAGAAAAGGAACAGGCUAAGGAAAAUGAAAAAAGAGAGCUACAGAGAAUGACACUCCCCAGGAGGAGAAUUAAAGGUAAUAGCAACACCACAUACAAACCUACCUUCUCCCCAGAAUUCGGGUCUGAGGAGGUCUUCAGUAGAGACAGGGGAGAAGAUGAACUUUGGGGACAGUCUCAAGAAAAUUCCAGUCCAUUCCAGUUCUCUGAUUACGGAAUACAGAAGCUCAAAAGGGAAAGAUUGGUGGCAAGCAAUAACAGAAUCCGAGAGUCAUCAAAGGAGUUUUCUCAGUCUUCAGAAGGGCCUGGCAGUGUUUUGUGGGGAUCCACCAGCAAUUCUAGUUUGUCUAGGGGACCAGACUCUUCGGUUUCCAGCUGUUCCACUGAAGAGCCCAAACUUGGCGAAUGUAGCCACUGUGGACGCAAGUUUCUCUUGCUCAGACUGGAGAGACACUCCAACGUCUGCAGCAGGAUGCAGGGUUCCAAGAGGAAAGUGUUUGACUCCUCCAGGGCCCGGGCCAAGGGCACAGAACUAGAGCAGUACCUGAACUGGAAGGGGCCAGCCCCAGUCAAGGCUGAACCUCCUCAGAAGAGCAACUGGAGACAGAAGCAUGAGUCUUUCAUCCGUACUCUCCGUCAGGCCCGAGAGGUUCAGCAGGUAAUUGCCAAAGGUGGAAACCCCUCAGACUUGCCACCCAUCCUACCUGCAGAAAAUCCAGAUUAUAUUCAGUGUCCACACUGCAGCCGCCACUUUGCUCCCAAGGUGGCUGAGCGCCACAUUCCCAAGUGUAAGACCAUUAAGAAUCGGCCCCCACCUCCAAGGAAGCAUUACAGUUGAACAGACAACAGUGGAAGUCUCAGAAGGCUCUGCUUCUUUUCAGCAGUAAAUGGGAGAAUAAUUUGAUACAAACCAGAACUAAAACCUUUACAUCUCCCACAUCUGCCUGCAGAACUUAAAUCAGUGAAGAGAGACUCAUUGCUAAGCAGCAGGAAGCAAAAGGAAGCCUCGGCUUCCCACUAAAUUACCAUGUUGGGCUGGUGUGCCUUUCUAUUGCCCUCAGAACUGGUGGGUGAAGACACUCGAGAGUAGCGAGUGGGCUAUAUUAAAUCUCUCUUCUUGCAAGCCUGACUUGUGGUCUGUGCUAGUUAAGUGCCUGCAUUUGCUGUGCCUUCUUGCCACUGCCUCUGCAUGUAUGUCUGUGGUUCCUGUUCAUGCUUCUUGCUCUUGCAGGAAGUUGGUUCAUUAGAUUAAGUUGGUGUCAGAAGAUCAUGAUCACCUAGGUGGUAUCUCUUAUAAAAGAUAAUACAAUUUUGCUGUAAGGCAAAUGGAAGUUUAUGCUUGACCUUUGUGACGCAUGGUCCUGGCCAAAAGCCAACACCAGUAUGCAAAGUUCGGGUGCCAGUCUAUCCUAGGCCCCGCUUGUGUUAUACUGUGUCAUAAAGAGAACCUCAUCUUGAUGUGCUUUACAGGCUAGUGAUGGGGAGAGCACUACUGUAUGCCUCAGUAGUUGUUCUUUGCUAAUGGAUUUCAUAUGUCAAAAAAAAAAAAGAAGGAACUUCAGUUUUAGCGAUUGCUGGCAUUCUGCUUUGAAAUCAGAUUGGUUGUAUGGCUUUUGAAAUAAGGCAGCAAAAUCUACCAUCAAAGCAAGCUGGGACAUUGCAGUGUCACAUGUCGCUGUCCAUUAUAUCACAGUGAACUUCUAUUUUAGAGAGUAAACUUUGAUGAAAAAUGAAAAAAGAUACUGGAUUUUUAAAAUUUUCUCUGUGCAGAAUUGUGCAUACUGCAGGUACUCUUCAUAAUUAGACCUUCAAAAAGGGUUUUUGGGAUUUAAAAUUAAAUAAUAAAAUGAGUAAGUCCUAGUUUGGUCAGAUGGGAGAAUUGAUAAGGUAAUGCCCAUCAGGGGUAGUAUCAGUUUAAAUAGGAUGAAAAUAGAACAACAGAUAUGAAAUAACAGUAGGAUUAUUGUCCUGAGAACAUCACUCAAAUUGUUAGUUUAAAAUACUGGAGAAAAAACACCCAACUUGACCUGGGCCAAGGUGACUGAGCAGACAAAAAAACCAUAUCCUACUAACAAAUGGCCACUCAUGUUCCAUUUCCUCUGCAGCACCUGCUGAAUGGCUGGGCUAAUAGACCAGACCGACUUGAAAUGUGAUUAAGGCUUUAGCUGCGAAGCUGCAGGACCCUAGGUGGAGAAAAAUGUAUAUACUUAAAAAACAGUACAUAUUGAAUUGCUUUAAUGCUCUUCUUAAUUGUUGCAAAGAAGAGGAAUCACAUAGCAGGGCUUUAGGCUGGCCACUUAAAGGAACCUUACAUACACACUGGGUAUUUAACCCAAUAUAUACAUUCCCCUGGCAAUGAAAUACAAACUAAGUUUCAUACUUAAAAACAAAAGAUGGCAAGAAUGAGCUAUGGCCAAGGGGGCAAAGUGGUAGCCUAUGGACUGCUUUGUCCUACAGAUAUGCUUUAUUUGGCUGGUGCAGAAUUAAAAAUAUAGUCUAACAUUUAAAAACUGGGAUAUGGGAUCCCUGGGUGGCGCAGCGGUUUGGCGCCUGCCUUUGGCCCAGGGCGCGAUCCUGGAGACCCCCGGAUCGAAUCCCACGUCGGGCUCCCGGUGCAUGGGGCCUGCUUCCCCCUCUGCCUAUGUCUCUGCC